GACCCCAUCAUUACUUGAACAACUUCAGAGUACAAAUUUAAGCUUCAUAUAUGCCCCAUGCAAAGCAACCUCAAAGAAGCCAGAGGAGUUACUUCCAAAUGGAAAUCCUCCGGAGGAAGUACAGUUCCAGUUAUGGGUUCUCAUUCCCAAGCACCCCGGUAAAGGAACGCGACUCCGAGGCCGAGUUCGAGUUUGGCUCUCUCACACCCGAUUCUCCCUUAAGCGACAUGAGCAAGAACUCCCCGGCUGAUCAUCUGUUCUAUAACGGGAGGCUCUUGCCUCAUUACUUCCCUUGCCAAACACCAAACACAUUGCUGAUGAUCGGAAGUUCCCGACCAAUGCCGAGUCGAACAAGCAGUGUUAGCAGCAAGGACUCUUAUUCAUCGUCACUUAUGUCUUCCCGAAGCAACAGCGGGAAUAGUAGUCGGAGCAGCAACUGCAGCAGUGCGAGGACCAGCUACUCGAGCGACAGUUCCGAGAGGAAGCUGUCGUUCCAGAACAAGCUAGCCUCGACGAGGACUCAAAGCACGAGAGAGAGGCGUAGUAAGGGUUGCUGCAAUAAGGAUACCGUGGCCCAGCUUUACGGGUCACAGAGGUGGCAGUUCAUGGCCCCAAUGCCGGUUCUAAGUCGCGAGACUUCCACGAGAAGAAAGAAGUCUGAGGAAAUGAUCAUAAAAGAAGAGUCGAGUAAACCGAAGAAGGAGAAGAGCAGAGCUCCGCAUCGAAGGUUUUGCAGGAAAUUUUUCGAGUCGUUCUUGUCGACGUGCAGGCGGUGCCAUGCCAUGGAAGCUCAAGUGAAAGAUGAGACGACGAUGGCUUAUGAGGGCACAUGAAAGAAUGAUAUAUACAUGAUUAAUUAAUUCAUCAUGACUCUUUAGCUAAUUAAUCAUCAUCAUAAAUUUUCCCAUUUUGUCUUUUGUUUUCAUUUGGAUAUAUCCGGUUUUGUAACUUGCAAGAUCGUGAAUUUUUC